UGGAUUGCGCGCAGAAUAACAGUAUUCUGAGUUACCCAAACCCUCGGGGGACUGCGGGCCCUGGCCCCACGCCUCGGCCGCCACGUCGUCCGCUUUUCGGGUCCAGCCCGCGUCCUCCCGUCGACUCGGCCUCCGGUAGCGCUGGUUUAGCCUCCAGGCCUUUGCCGAGGACAGGCCAGGUGACCGAGAAAAAAGCACGUGUCUGAGCAGCGGUCUGGACCGGGGGCCCUCCUGUCAGCGCCGCGCGGCGCUCGUGCUCUGACGGAAGCCCCGCUGUCGGGUCUGGUUGCGGGGAGGCCCCUCAGUGUCCCUGGGACCCCUAACUUCUGUGAACUACUGGCCCGGCGCUGGCUGGCGUGGCUCUGGGCCGUCACGUGUGGAGGGUGCGUCCUUUCCGCCGCGUCCCCCGGCCCGAGGAGGAGAAAGACUCCGCAGCAUGGCCCCCACGCUCCAGGACCUGACGCCAUCUGCAGGGAUGGAGAAGACCCUGCAAGAUGAGAUUGAAGCUAUCCUGCGGGAGAGGAUUAUGGUGCUUGAUGGAGGUAUGGGGACCAUGAUCCAGCGGCACAAGCUGAGUGAAGAAGACUUCCGAGGACAAGAAUUUAAAGAUCAUGCCAGGGCCCUGAAAGGCAACAAUGACAUUUUAAGUAUAACUCAGCCCAAUGUCAUUUACCAAAUCCAUAAGGAUUACCUCCUAGCUGGGGCAGAUAUCAUUGAAACAAAUACUUUCAGCAGCACUGCUAUUGCCCAAGCUGACUAUGGCCUGGAACACUUGGCCUACCGGAUGAACAUGUGCUCUGCGGGAGUGGCCAGAAGAGCAGCCGAGGAGGUAACUCUCCAGACAGGAAUUAAGAGAUAUGUGGCAGGAGCUCUGGGUCCAACUAACAAGACACUUUCUGUGUCCCCAUCUGUGGAGAGACCAGAUUACAGGAACAUCACAUUUGAUGAACUUGUUGAAGCAUACAAAGAGCAGGCCAAAGGGCUUCUGGAUGGUGGAGUGGAUAUCUUACUCAUUGAAACUAUUUUUGAUACCGCCAAUGCCAAGGCAGCCUUGUUUGCAGUCCAAAAACUUUUUGAAAAAGAGUAUGUUCCCCGGCCUGUCUUUAUUUCAGGGACAAUUGUUGAUAAAAGUGGGCGAACUCUCUCUGGCCAGACUGGGGAGGCAUUUGUCAUCAGCGUGUCCCAUGCAGACCCACUCUGCAUUGGAUUAAAUUGUGCUCUGGGUGCAGCUGAAAUGAGACCUUUUAUUGAAACAAUUGGAAAAUGUACAACAGCUUAUGUUCUCUGUUAUCCCAAUGCAGGUCUUCCCAAUACCUUCGGUGACUAUGAUGAAACUCCCCAGAUGAUGGCCAUGCACGUGAAGGAUUUUGCUGUUGAUGGCUUGGUCAACAUAGUUGGCGGAUGCUGUGGUACGACACCAGAUCAUAUCAGAGAAAUUGCUGAAGCUGUGAAAAACUGUAAGCCUAGAGUUCCACCUGCCAGUGUUUUUGAAGGGCAUAUGCUACUGUCUGGUCUAGAGCCCUUCAGGAUUGGACCAUACACCAACUUUGUUAACAUUGGAGAGCGCUGUAACGUUGCAGGAUCCAGGAGGUUUGCUAAACUCAUCAUGGCAGGAAAUUAUGAAGAAGCACUGAGCGUUGCCAAAAUGCAGGUGGAAAUGGGAGCCCAGGUGUUGGAUAUUAACAUGGAUGAUGGCAUGCUGGAUGGUCCAAGUGCAAUGACCAGAUUCUGCAACUUCAUUGCUUCCGAGCCUGACAUUGCCAAGGUGCCCUUGUGCAUCGACUCUUCCAAUUUUGCUGUGAUUGAAGCUGGGUUAAAGUGCUGCCAGGGGAAGUGCAUUGUUAAUAGCAUCAGCCUGAAGGAGGGAGAGGAUGACUUCUUGGAGAAGGCCAGAAAGAUUAAGAAGUUUGGAGCUGCUGUGGUGGUUAUGGCUUUUGAUGAAGAAGGACAGGCAACAGAAACAGAUACCAAAAUCAGAGUGUGCACCCGGGCCUACCAUCUCCUUGUGAAAAAACUGGGCUUCAAUCCAAAUGACAUCAUCUUUGACCCUAAUAUCCUCACCAUUGGUACUGGGAUGGAAGAACAUAACUUGUAUGCUGUUAAUUUUAUCAAUGCAACAAAAGUCAUUAAAGAAACCCUGCCUGGAGCCAAAGUAAGUGGUGGUCUUUCCAACUUGUCCUUCUCCUUCCGAGGAAUGGAAGCCAUUCGAGAGGCAAUGCAUGGGGUUUUCCUGUACCAUGCAAUCAAGUUUGGUAUGGACAUGGGAAUAGUGAAUGCUGGAAGCCUUCCUGUAUAUGAUGACAUCCACAAGGAGCUUCUCCAGCUCUGUGAGGACCUCAUCUGGAACAGAGACCCUGAGGCCACCGAGAAGCUCUUACGCUACGCCCAGACUCAGGGCAAAGGAGGGAAGAAAGUCAUCCAGACUGAUGAGUGGAGGAAUGGCCCUGUUGAAGAACGCCUUGAGUACGCGCUUGUGAAGGGCAUUGAAAAAUAUAUUAUUGAAGAUACUGAGGAAGCCAGGUUAAACCAGGAACAGUAUCCCCGACCUCUGAAUAUAAUUGAAGGGCCGCUGAUGAAUGGCAUGAAAAUUGUUGGUGACCUUUUUGGAGCUGGAAAAAUGUUUCUACCUCAGGUUAUAAAGUCAGCUCGGGUCAUGAAGAAGGCCGUGGGUCACCUUAUUCCCUUCAUGGAAAAAGAGAGAGAAGAAACCAAAGUGCUUACUGGCAAAAUAGAAGAUGAGGACCCUUACCAAGGCACCAUCGUGCUGGCUACUGUUAAAGGUGAUGUACACGACAUAGGCAAGAACAUAGUUGGAGUGGUUCUUGGCUGCAAUAAUUUCAGAGUUAUUGAUUUAGGAGUCAUGACUCCAUGUGACAAGAUUCUGAAGGCUGCUCUAGACCACAAAGCAGAUAUAAUUGGCCUGUCAGGACUCAUCACUCCUUCCCUGGAUGAAAUGAUUUUUGUCGCUAAGGAAAUGGAGAGACUAGCUAUAAAGAUCCCAUUGUUGAUCGGAGGAGCUACCACUUCCAGAACCCACACAGCAGUUAAAAUCGCCCCAAGAUACAGUGCGCCUGUGAUCCACGUCCUGGAUGCAUCCAAGAGUGUGGUGGUGUGUUCGCAACUGUUAGAUGAGAAUCUAAAAGAUGAGUACUUUGAGGAGAUCCUGGAAGAAUAUGAAGAUAUUAGACAGGACCAUUAUGAGUCUCUCAAGGAGAGAAGAUACUUAACCUUAAGGCAAGCUAGAGAAAAUGGUUUCCAUAUUGACUGGCUGUCAGAGCCUCCCCCAGUGAAGCCCACGUUCCUCGGGACUCGAGUCUUUGAAGACUACGACCUGCAGAAGCUGGUGGACUACAUUGAUUGGAAGCCUUUCUUCGACGUCUGGCAGCUCCGGGGCAAAUACCCAAACCGAGGCUUUCCCAAGAUAUUUGACGACAAAACUGUAGGUGAAGAGGCCAAAAAGGUCUACGAUGAUGCCCAAAGUAUGCUGCAGGCACUGAUCAGUCAGAAGAAGCUCCAGGCCAGGGGUGUGGUUGGGUUCUGGCCGGCACAGAGCCUUCAGGAUGAUAUCCACCUGUACGCGGAAGGCGCAGUGCCACAGGCCUCGGAGCCCAUAGCCACCUUCUACGGGCUCAGGCAGCAGGCCGAGAAGGACUCUGCCAGCUCGGACCCCUACCUCUGCCUCUCGGACUUCGUCGCCCCUCUGCACUCAGGCAUCCCCGACUACCUGGGCCUGUUCGCCGUUGCCUGCUUCGGGGUGGAGGAGCUGAGCAAGGCCUACGAGGAGGAGUGUGAUGACUACAGCAGCAUCAUGGUCAAGGCGCUGGGGGACCGGCUGGCCGAGGCCUUCGCUGAGGAGCUUCACGAGCGGGUACGCAGGGAGCUGUGGGGUUACUGCAGUGGUGAGCAGCUGGCUGUGGCUGACCUGCGGAGACUGCGCUACGAGGGCAUCCGGCCGGCGCCAGGCUAUCCCAGCCAGCCUGACCACACUGAGAAACUGACCAUGUGGAGGCUGGCGGACGUGGAGCAGUGCACAGGCAUUAGGUUAACAGAAUCGCUGGCCAUGGCACCUGCUUCAGCAGUAUCUGGCCUUUACUUCUCCAACUUGAAGUCCAAGUAUUUUGCCGUGGGGAAAAUUUCCAAGGAUCAGAUUGAGGAUUAUGCUUCGAGGAAGAAUAUGUCUGUGUCCGAGGUUGAGAAAUGGCUUGGACCCAUUUUGGGAUAUGAUACAGACUAACUCUUUUUUUUUUAACCUGUCUGUACUUGGUGAUCCUCAGGGAAACACGGUCCAAAGCGCCUUAAUCAUAACAGCGCAGUGGCCAGGAGCCCACCUGCAUCUGGUUGCCCUUUGCACCACUCCAGGGUGUGGACCUUUGGGGGGACCUUAUAGAAGGCCAGGGUCUUCCUGCAGUUCUUUUAAAACAAGCAUCUGUUUUCCAGGGGACUUUGAAUAAAGAGCAGCGAGUCAGACUCCAGGGGUGUCCCUGGUCCCUUGGGGACUAGAACAAGCUGGAGAUGGAGGUCUUUUGCGUUUCAAAGCAAGUCAGACUUGUUUCAUUUUUAUCCCAGACGUAGGAGAUCACUUCAGUUGAAUAGAAAAUGUGACCCUUUGACAGAGUGAUGCUGUGAGCAAUGGGACAUUUAAAUCUGAGUGGUUAGAGCAGUUACUCUGACAGGGAAGAAGCAUCACUCUGCUCUCUCUCUGGAGACUUCCUUUACUGAAACCUCAAGGAGAUGCUUGAAGGCUUCCCUUUAGCCGAAGGCACACUCUCCCUGAGGCUUAUUAGAGAUGCUUGCCCUGGUGAGUCAAAUACAGUUGCAUUCUCCAAGCAUUUUGUUCUCUCACAAUUUCCUGUUCCCUUAUCCUGAGGGGGAAGGAGGUAGGCAGAGGGAGUGGCUGCUAAGGGUAGUUAACAUCCUUGGGUCGUUUUCCAGAAUUGAGCAGGCUCAGCUGCGUGUCCUAUGCAGAGUGGAUGGAUGGGCAGCCUCACUGUUCUCAGUUCUCCCUUUUCUGCACUGCCCCAACUCCAAACGUGUACGGUAUGGGAACAGCCCGUGGACUUGUUCAUGGUUAUUCCAGGGAGAUGGUUAAGAGCGUGGGAUUUAAGUCAGACACACCUGGAUUCAAGUUUCAGCUUUGCCACGUGCUUGCUGUACGACAGAGGCAAAUUACGUCAGUUCUCUUAACACAAUUUUCCCAUCUGUAAAAUGGGGAUAGUGAUACUAGUUCCUCUCUUGUGGGCAUGAGAUGUGGGUUAAAUGAGAGAACGCAUGUAAGGCAGGUAACAUGGGUCUGGCACAUAGUGAGAGCUUGAUAGACAGCAGCUUCUGUGGAGGUGUCUAGAGCUCAGCACAGGGUAGGUGCUCAAGGAAAGGGAAUAAGAGAUUGAUGGAGGUGAAAAGACAUUCAGCAAGUGCACGUGGGAAUGACUGGUUCAGUACACUAGGUACCCUUUCUGGAACACAGUUGAACACAGUGACCAGAGUGAGAAGCUACUUUCUGUGUUAUUGGCAUCAUCAGAUCUCAUUUUCUGUAAGACAGUCCCCCCUCCCCUCGUGGUAUAAGCUGGCCUCAUCCCAAAGCAGUUACAUCAAAUAUACGCUCAGGUAUGUUGGAGGUAAAAGGGGGAAAAAGCUUAGCAAUUGAUAAUCCUACAUAACGUAGCAUAUACAUGUGUUCCUGAAGAAUAACAUGCCUUUUCAGGCAUCACUGGCCCUUAAAGAGAGAAUUAUAUGCUUUAUUUUAAAAAGAGAACUAUAUGCUUUAUUUUAAAAAGAGAACUAUAUGCUUUCUUUAGGGUCCAUUUAAUCUGUCCUAGAUGCUCAGUUGGAGGAUUUAUUUCCCUUCCGUAGCGGCUGUUACUCUAGGUGUUGGCACAUCCUUCUGUAUAAGAAAGAAUAAUCUUUUCCUAAUAUUUUAAUUUAUUUUAUCUGAAUCACAGUUGUUAAGAGUCUCCCAGUUUCAUUAAAUGUUUACCAUAUCUUUUCUCAACUCAUUAUGUGACAAAACGGCUUCCUUCAUUGUAUUGUUGAUCUGAUCCUGUGAUGGAUUCCUUUUAUCUAAAGAUAAAACCAAUUUGUUAAAGUUUGAGCCCCUAUAUUUGCAUUAAAGAAUAUAGAAGCUAGCUUGAGGAAAACCCCUUCUUUAAUUUAUGUCAGGUGACCUCAAAGGCAGGAAGGGACCAUGCUGCACCUGGAGUCUUUUCUGUGUCUCUGCCCACACAUCUAGAAAGUCACCUUGUUGUCAGCAUCCACGGCUCUCACAUCCACUCGCUCGCUCUCAUCCUUCCCAUUAGGGAUCCCAUGUCUAUUUUUCCCUCUAAAGCAGCACUUGUUUGGAAGCUUGCUUGCUUACCUGUGUUUGGGGUUGAGGCCAGUGUAUGGGAUGAUGGUAGAGGUCAGGUCUCAUAAUGUCCUUUUUCUCCUCUGAGACAUUCUGCUGUUCCUUCUUUUCAUAGCUGGGCUCAUUUAGAGAAUAGCCUGUCUUCUCUCCGUUUCUCUCAGGCUUAUCUUCAACAGUAUCUGAGUGUCUGUUUUGUGCCAACCACUUUUUCCCAUUCUCUCCUUAACUCACUGAAGUUAAGUGUCUUUUUUUUUAACCCAUCUCUUCUGUCAUAAAUGACCUCUUAAUUGUUAGAUCCAUUAAGGUCUAACAUUGGCUAUUCUAGUGAUUUUUCUUCUCUGGAUUUGGGCAGUGUUAACCACUUCAGAAAUCGUCUUUCCCUGUUUCCUCCCGACUUCACCCUUCUGGUUAACUUUACAUGUUUCUUAUUUCUUAGCUUCUUUCAUAAUUUUCUUUUCCUCUACCCAUUUAAAUCCUGGUCCUCACGAUCCCAUCACUAGUUACCUUCUUAGUCAUGUAGUUUCCGUGGGCAAUCUCAUCAAACCAGUAUCUUUAUCCAGACUCCUCUGUCUUGAAGAACAUAGCAUAGCGAGCAUCCAAUAUACAAGAGACACCUCAAGCCCAGUGCGCCUCCAACCAGUAUCAUCGUACUCUUCUCAAAUUCUUGAUAUAUUCAAUAAUGAAGAAUUACCACCACUCCAACAGAAACCUCAGACUCACCCCAAUUUGCCCAUAAAAGACACACUUUUAGUUGGGAAGGUGAAAUACCUUUCCCAAUACCUUAACCAGAUGGUUAAGGCAGGCAGUGUUUUAGGUUAAGGCCUGAUUUGGGACUUGAAGUAUAAAGGUGAAGAAGCAAGGUAGAAACAAAUGAAGACCUGCCUUUUUCAUGAAUACUGAAGGUUGUAAGGGUGUCAGAUCUCCCCCUAAAUUAUCUGUAGACGCAAUGCCAUUUCAAGCAGGAAUUCCAACAGAGGUUUUGCUGAACGUGACGAGCAGAUAUUUAAAUGUUUGUGGAAUGGCAAAGGCCUAAGAUAGCUGGGUGCUUCUAACUAUGAUGAAGAGGUUGAGGAGACUUACAAGAUAGUAAGUUUUAUUGUAGAGUCUGUGUUGUAUGUGGUGCAGAGGUAGGCAUUCUGAGCAGUACAGUGAAAUGAGGAGCCUGGAAAGUAGCCCGUGCAUAUAUACUGACCUUUGAGAUAUGAUGAGAUGGCAUGACAGAUCAGUGGGGGAUGAAGGGUGACUCCAUAAGUAGUUUUAGAACAACGGUUAUCCUUACAGAAAAGAUGAAGUUCGGUUCAUGCCUCACACCUCACCUAGCAAUCAAUCCCAAAUACAUUAAGGUCUGAAUUGCAAAAAGCAAAUAUUUAAAUGUUCACAUGAAAAAAAAAUCUUUGGGUAGGAGCAAAUCUCUUGAGACAUACGCUAACCAUGAAAGAUGAUUAAGUCAAAUAUAUUCAAACUAGCAGUUAGGUUAAGCUAAUAAACAAUUUAGUGUAGUAAAAAGACAAACCAAGACUUGAUAUUUACAAUACUGUUAACUGAGAAGGAAGUAGUAAGAAUAUAGAGAGAAUUCCUAUUUUUUAAAUAAUAGGAAAACAGACUUCCUCUUGCCAGGACGGUAUCUAGAGGCAUUCAGGAUGGUCCAGCAUUUGAUAGACUGCUGUAAGCUUCCCUACAAUACAACCUUAACAAGACUAGGCUGUCCUUAACCCCUGGUGAUAGAAUUGUUUACCUUUAUACCAAGAAGGUUGGGAUAGCACUAAAAUCCACAUGUGGUGUGUGCCCAGGCCAGCUUCAAGGAGUUUGUGCUGUGAGACCUAAGGUUCUUUAUGAGGUGGUCUAAAACAAAAAGACAUGUCCGCCAGGCCUGGUUUUCUGUGUGGUGUAUAUGUCUGUUACAGGAUCAAGUGCAUUUUCCUUGUCGAGGAGCAGAAAAUCAAGCACAGAGUCAGAAAGCUAAAUUUUAAAAAUGAAGCUUUUUUGAGUAAUUUUAAAAAAUCAAAAAGAAGGAAAAAAAGAGACUUGAGGCAUUUCACAGAAGAGAAAAUACAUGGGGCUUAUAAAUCACUAGAAACCUUGUGAGAUACAAAUUACUAUCACAAUGAGCUUGUAAGUCACAUGCAUAAGAUUUAUAAAGUUGAAGUCUAACAGCACCAGGUGCUAAAGAAGAUCCGUGUGAGCUCAUUUCAUGAUGUGUAAACAGGCGCCCCUGCUUUAGAAAACAGCCACACCUCGCCAAGCUGAACAUUUGCACACUUUGGGCUCUAGCUUAUGACUCCACCUUCCAGCUAUGAAUCCAGUAAAUGCCUGCAUUUGUGUACCAGGAGGUAUGUACAAAGUUGUUUAUAGUAACGUCUUCAUGAUAGUUACAACUGGAAAAACUGAAAUGCCUUCCUGUCUACAGGACAGCAUUUAAGUAAAUUAGGUGUAUUAACAGUAAGGAAUAUUAUUCAGUAGUAAAAAUAUAAGUGAACCACAGCUAUACCUGACAAGAAGAAUGAAUCUCUGAAAAUAUUAAAGAGAAAAAAAGUCCCAGGAUAUGAUUGAGACUAUUUUUAUUGAGCGCAAAACCAAAGAGCAUCUUCUCAAUGCAUGUAUAAAUGUAAAACUAAAAGUGUGAGAAAAAAAAAAAA